GAUCUGGAUUUUCUAAAUGAAGGGUCCAGAUUUGGUUAUUAAUGGGUGCGAGCCGGCCCUAUGCUAGUUUGACAUUUUAAUCAGGUGACAUAUUUCAAGUGCUGCAGAGUCUCGCUCGGAGUCGGAAUGCACCACUGCGUGGCCGACGGACUCUCCGGCCUCCACUUCGUCAACACAUGGUCCGACGUGUCUCGAGGCCUCGACCUCACCCUCCCACCCUUCAUUGAUCGGACCCUCCUCCGAGCCCGCCGGCCGCCUCGACAUUCCUUCCCGCACAUCGAGUACCUCCGCCCGCCGGCAAUGAAAAUCCCCUCCACAAUUGCCAACGCCGCCGCCGCCGUCAGCUCCAUCUUCAAGCUCACAAGAGACCAGCUCAACGCCCUGAAAUCAAAAGCCAAAGAACCCUGUAACGACAUCGGCUACAGCUCCUACGAGAUCCUCGCCGGCCACAUGGCGGUGCGUCAGCAAAGCCAGGAGCCUCCCCGACGACCAGGACACAAAUUGCACGUCGCUACCGACUGUCGGUCCUGCCUCCGGCCGCCGCUCCCUCCGGGCUAUUUCGGAAACGGGAUCUUCAUCGCAACCCAGAUCGCAUCGGCGGGGGAUCUGCGCACCAAGCCGGCCUCGUUCGCCGCGGGUCGGAUCCAUGACGUUUUAAACCGGAUAGACUACGAGUACCUGAGGUCGGCGCUGGAUUACUUGGAGGUCCAGCCGGAUCUGUCGGGGCUGGUCCGCGGGGCCCACACGUUCAACUGCCCGAACCUCAGGGUAACUAGCGUCUAGCUGGGCCCGGCUGCCGAUUCACGAUGCAGAUUUAGGGUGAGGUCGGCCCAUCUUCAUGGGCCCUAGAGGGAUCCCGUUCGAAGAAUUGUCGUACAUUCUGCCCAGUCCGAUCGGCGACGGGAGGAUGUCGGUGGCCAUCUCACCGCCGCCGGAGCACAUGAAACUGUUUAAGAGCCUUAUCUACGAAAUUUAGCUUUUAUUUGGCAGGAAUUUGGAGAUGCUGGCUCUCUACAUAAUCCUAGUAGCAGAAGGAUUCAUGAAUAAAUGUGAGUGAGAGGUUUCAGACCAUAAGAUGUUGGGACUUGGGAGUUCUUUUUAUGUUGUGUUUUCGUCUAUAUGAUAAACGGUGCCGUUGUGG